AAAACAAAAAACACACAAAGAAAACAACAACAGAAAAAAACCACAACCCUUUCAAGUGUCAGAUCUGUCUCUUCUUAAAGGAGUGCUGAUCAUCAUCACAUACAAGUGCCUUUGAAAGGAAGACAAGAAGCAUACAAAGAAAUGUGUGGCUUUAUUUAUCUCUGUGAUCCCUUUAAUCAGACCAUAUAUGGGCUCUUAUUUUCUUCUUCUCUCUUAGGUAUAAAGCUUGGUGUCUUGGAGGUAAAAGAACCACAUAAAUAACAAAGGUGCAGCAUCAAAUACUGUAGCUGCCUGCGUGGCUUCUGGGGGCUUCCAGUUCUGGCCAUGAAAGGAGGAGGAGCCACCUCCUGUAACAGCAGUCAUUCAGUGCCUUGCACAGGGGAUUAAUUAGCCCAAUUUAUUGUCUCACGCACAUCAAGAAGCUGGAAGCAAAGAAAGAAGUAAUUUUUUCCUUGCUCUGUUGUUUCACAGUUGAUGCCUCAGGGUUGCAGUGUGUGACUGACAUGCACGAACAUUUACAUCUCUCUCUGCCCAUUUCUUCCCAUUGUGUCAACAAUGGAUGUGGUAGGAAAUCAAACCACUCACAGAGAUGCGCUGCCUCUUCGUUUUUCCUGGCUGAGAUUCAGAGGACAAGUUGCUGCUAACCAAUAUCAUCUGGUAUUACAGAAGGGAAACCUGUUAACUUAGCUCUCAUUUACCCACAGUCUUCCAUUAAUCAUAAUCUUAAUUCUCUUGAGGCAAGCCCUGCUUAGACAUAGCUGAGGCAGAGGGAACAAACCUUGUUCCUAAACAAGAUGGCUGUGUCUCUUGAGGAGAAGGCUAUGUCAGGUAGUCCCAUUUUUCCCGCAUCAAACCUAUGGCCUGAACUCCUGGCGGCAUUCCUUCUACAGAUGGGAUCCUGGGAGUGCUUUGGUAGGAAACAGCUCUUAGGCCAUUAGGAGAGCUUCGUGUGAUGGGGCAGCAUCAGGGUAAUUACCAGGCCAGCUGUUCCCUUCUCCCCCCGUUCGGCGGGUGCUGCCUGACCCUGCUGCCAUUCCUCUCAGAUCCAUUCACUGAUCACAGGCUGCAGCUUUUCCAGGGGGCAGUGGGCACAGUGCCACAGUAUGCUGUGAUGCUCACUGAUAAUCCCGGCAUUGGCCAGGAUUUCCUACAGUAUCACUUUUUAAUAUAGUUAUGAUUCAUGUUAACAUUUGUUUAGAAAGCAGGGCUUGCAGGUCAGCAGGCCUUUGCUUAGCCUUUUUUUGAGGCUAGUUGCAAGCUGCCAUUGAUGGGAAAAUGAUUUGAGUGCAGCCUGUGGGAUUUCGUCAGUUCUGCACUCUCCCAAAGGAGUUUUAGGAUUGCCCAUUCCCUGCCAUGGGGAUUAUUUCCAGACCCAUAACUCUGAAGCAAAGGCAGAGCUACUCAGCACAAGCACAGGUAGGAGGCACCGAAGCCAAGCAUGGUUUAGGUUUUUGCACAGAGUGUGGUAACUCUCCAAAGAGCUGUUCUGGAAUCACCAGCUAUAGAUUACAGACACUGUGGGGCAGUGACAGAGCAAACCCCUUUGCUUACCUCAGGCCAGGAAAUGUUCCACAGCUCUCGGGAGGUCUGAAUCACAUUGUGCCCUUUCUUGCAUCGUCCCGUUGGCUUUGUCCUCCCACAGUCCCACCACAGGCCUUAGAGGUAAGUAAAUGAAUGGUCUCUGUUUGUACUCAGGAGUAUAAACAUGAAACAUCAAGCAGUAUCACUCCACCCAGAGCUCACCUGGGGACACGUGUUUGUAAGAGCUUGUAAGGAGCUGUUCCAUUUACAGUAAUCUCCUGGGAAGGUUUGGAGCACGACUGGGAUAGCAUUUUAUUGAAAACAUUAUUUUAAGUCCCCAUGCAGCAAGAAAGGCUUGUUGCUCUUAAACUGAGGUGCAGCUGUUUAAAGUAUUUUGCUGUUGUGUAUUGAUGAUUUUUUCUUUUGCAACAGGUAUGUAACACCACUGAUGUGAGUUAUGAUCCUCAGCUUCUGAGAACAGUUCUGUGUUUAAGGAAGUUGCUCUAGCAGGGAUAUACAGCCCCAGAGGGCAAAACAAAGAGGAGAAGACACUCAAUGAAUAGCAAAGGGAUGUGAAGUUAUCUUCCAAGAUGACUCUUCUACCUGGAGAAAAUUCUGAUUAUGACUAUAGUGCCCUCAGCUGUGCUUCAGAUGCUUCCUUCAACCACGCAUUCUUCCCCGAAACAGAAAGCCUCAAGGGCGUCUUCUACCAAAGAGCCAAGCUAAUUCACCCUGAAGAGGAUCUCCUGAAAGGCUUUCACCCUGACGACAGGAAGCAUCAUAUCAUCAUAAAUGUAGGGGGCAUUAAGUAUUUGCUCCCGUGGACCACGCUUGAUGAAUUCCCAUUGACACGCUUGGGACAACUGAAAUUCUGCAACAAUUUUGAUGACAUCCUAAACAUCUGUGAUGAUUACGAUGUGACGUGCAAUGAGUUCUUUUUUGACCGCAACCCAGGAGCGUUCAGGACAAUCCUGACCUUUUUGAGGGUUGGAAAGCUUCGGCUCCUGCGUGAGAUGUGUGCGCUGUCUUUUCAAGAAGAGCUGCUCUACUGGGGAAUUGAGGAAGACAACUUGGAUUGGUGCUGUAAGAGGAGGUAUCUGCAAAAAAUGGAGGAGUUUACAGAAAUAAAUGAACGGGAGGAUGACCUUAUAGAAAAUGAAACAACAGGUGAAACAGUAGAGGAAACAAAAGUUGGCUUGUGCAUGAAAAAGUUGCAGGACAUGGUAGAACGACCCCAGUCUGGCCUCCCUGGGAAGGUGUUUGCUUGUUUGUCUGUUUUAUUUGUAACUAUUACAGCAGUGAAUUUGUCCAUCAGCACCAUGCCUGACCUGAGGGAGGAGGAGGAUAAGGGUGAGUGUUCCCAGAUGUGCUACAAUAUUUUCAUUGUGGAGUCUGUCUGUGUGGCGUGGUUUUCACUGGAGUUCCUGCUGAGAUUCAUCCAGGCAAAGAGCAAGUUUGCAUUUUUGAGGAGGCCGUUAACUCUGAUCGACAUAAUAGCUAUUUUGCCGUAUUACAUCACCUUGCUGGUAGACACCACUUCGGUGGGCUACAAGAAGCCCAGCUCUGGGAGCAUCUACCUGGACAAAGUCGGUCUGGUCCUCCGAAUACUCCGUGCCUUGAGGAUUCUGUACGUCAUGCGGCUGGCCAGGCACUCCCUGGGGCUGCAGACGCUGGGGCUGACCGCCCGCAGGUGCACCCGGGAGUUCGGGCUCCUGCUGCUCUUCCUCUGCGUGGCCAUCGCACUGUUUGCACCGCUCCUGUACGUCAUUGAGAAUGAGAUGGCGGACUCACAGGAGUUCACCAGCAUCCCCGCGUGCUACUGGUGGGCUGUCAUCACCAUGACCACGGUAGGCUACGGAGAUAUGGUUCCCAGGAGCAUUCCCGGCCAAGUGGUGGCGCUGAGCAGCAUCCUGAGCGGCAUCCUCCUCAUGGCUUUCCCAGUCACUUCCAUCUUCCACACGUUCUCGCGCUCCUACAUUGAGCUGAAGCAGGAACAGGAAAGAAUCAUGUACAGGAGGGCACAGUUCUUAUUAAAAACAAAGUCUCAGAUAAGCAAUGCAUCACAGGGGAGUGAUAUUUUGUUCCCAAGUAUCUCUACUGACAACAGGGCAAUGAGUGACAUUUAAGUUACUGUUUUUCCUCAUAUUGACUAACGUUUUGUUAUAUCAGAUUCCAUCUUUUACUUUGCUUUGGAAGCAUUUUACAGAGGUUACCCUCAUUUUGAAAGGAGGAAAAGGGGCUGUUAACCAGGAACUGAUGUGGUUUAAGAAGUCUCCAGUUAUGUUGUUUCUUCCCCCCAACCCUCCCAGUGUUACGCUCAGGACAGGGCUUUCGCAGAGAUCACACAGUGGGUUUUUAGGGUUGAGAAGUUCUCUGACAAAAAUAACGUAUCAUUCUGUACUCAAGAGGAUGUUUUGUCUUUUGUACUGCACAUUUUUUCCAACUGAAUCACAAUGUAUAUAAUCAUUAAGCAGGCUGUCAUUUUUCUUGUAUAUAAAUAAUGUAAAUACAACAAAAUUAAUGGCUAAAUUCUCUCCCAGUAAAAUGCCUUAGAGCAUGAUCGAAAAAACCGCAGAGGUUUGUCCCACUGUGCUGUUAAGGAACAUAAAGUCAGAUUCGUCAUUCACAACAGCAGCCGUACAUUUCUUUGUAAGUCAGCCCUAAACAUGCCAGGAACAAAAAAAGAGCCGAGCUGUUUGUAUCAUAACCUCACUGAAGAUGCAGAUACUUAGAGCUCAUCAGCUCCAAAAUUUAAAUGAAGUUACAGUAUUGAUCCUGUGUCAUUGAAUGCAGGAUUCCAAGGAGCAGUCUUUUGAGUUCUGUAGCAUUUAAUAUUAUCAAGGGGACACUAGCUGCAAAUGAAAUGAAAUAUGCAUGGUAAGAUGCCAGUCGUUCCCUACCAUCUGUUUCCAUGUUUUUACUUUACCUCAGAUAUGAAACAGAAUUAAGGGAGGCCUGUUUCCAGGGAACACCCUACCGUUGCUUGUCGAAUCAAUGUUGCAGCUACCCAUUCACAUUCAGCAUUGGGUUCUUUAGAGGGAGCAGAAAAUAUGUGGUCGUGGGAAGUUGCCACUGAUGACAAAAAAAAGAAGAAAAUAUCAUUUGAGUCAUGGAGCGGGGGGUGCUGACAGCUUUAUCCUUUCCUGUCCUCAAUCAUGAGGGACUUAAGAGUCGAUUAACUAUACCUUUACCAACAUUAAAGACAUCAUAGUAAUGGAGAAAACUUCGAAUAGGCUAUGGAAAUGCAGUUAAGGCCCUAAAGCACAACUGCAUGAUAUUUCUCCACACAGGUUCCCCACUGACAACUGGGGCAGUACCUGGGAGCUCAGGUUUGGCACCUGCCCCUAUGCAGAGAAGUGCCAGGCCUCCCCUUUGUUGUGGAGGGAAUGAGACUGGUUUGCAUAACAACAAUUGCAGGAGACAAACUCCAGAACUUAAAAAAAAAAAAAAAAGUAUGAAAUCCACUUGUUUGACUUCGUGUGUGCUCAGACCUAAAGAAGACAUAAACUCAUGAAUUACACUUUUUUUCCCCCCAUUAACUGUUAGGAGGUAGGGAGAUUUGAAAGUUCCCAUCACAUUUACUAAUGCUUCUCUACGCCAGUUUGCAGAAGCCCUGUUGCUUACUGGCUUGGUUGAUGGGAGUGCCAGCAUGUAUGAUGGUUUGCUGCAUUUGAUGAGAGCCAAAAAACAUAGAAUUUGUUCCUCAGCCCAAGCUGGUUGGUCAAGCACUCCUUACACUGUUUUGUUUUUUUUUUCAAGUAUCUUAAAUAAAAUUUGAAGGUGUUUUGCUACACUUAUUUUUAAGGAAUAAUUCCCAAACUUUAAAAAGUGCACUUUACAAAUAAUUAGGGCUCUAAAAAUCUGCUGCUGUAGAAAAAUGUGCCUAUGGAGCAUUCCUACAGAGAGCUAACACACCCAGCAUAAACUCUUGGCAAUUAAUUAUGUGCCAGAGCUAAGAACAUAACCAGCUUUUCACUCUUGUUCAGCUUUAAUUAGAGUUGGAUAAAAAACAGGAACAUCGUGACAAAAAAAGGGACACAUUUUCCAUCCAAAAUACUCUUAAUUUCAAAAAUGUUUGAUCAUCUGUAGCAUUGGCUACAAUACAAGUGCUGUAUAUCCUUCUCCUUCUGUGUCAGCAUUCAUUACAGAAAGAAGUGGUAAUUAGACUGGUCCUGUGAGCAACAGUUGCAUAUCUCAGACUGCGUGCGACAGGCUGAGCUGUACGUUUGGAAGUGAGAAGGGAGAAAUGGAGACUCAUCAAAUAAAACCUAACCUUAUUUCCCUUUUCUUCUAGCUAACAAGUCCAUCCAUUUUUUCAGCGUCUCUACAUUGAGCUCAUGGUCAUUUAUUUCAUGUGUCACUUUAUUUUAAUCCCAGAAUUAUAACUUGAUUCUCAAGUCCUUGUCCAGAAAAAGAGAGAUCGCCCUGAAGCUGGGUGUUGGUAGAGCAAACCUGUGACAGCAUCCCUCCUGCUGGGAGCUCUGCCUGAGCCGGGAACAAAUCAGCCUGGCAGGAUGAACCCUUCUAUAAUUUUGUACUUGGCAGCACAUCACUUGUAAGUGCAUCAACAUGUCUCACUAUGAAUCACUGUAACAAACUUGCUUCUGUUUUACACAAGGUAACGCAUGCUGUAGUCCAUAUGCUAAAUAAAUCCAGAUACACGUCUUAAGAGCACAACAUUAGUAUGAAACCCACAUGCUGCGU